AUGUGUCUCUGGAGGCCUAAGAUUGUAGUGGCGCUCUUGUUCAGCUGGGCCUUCAUCUCAUUGACAUGGGCCUCUUUUGUUAUAGAAGACUACGAGGGUCCUAGAAUCGGGCUGGAGACGUUGAGAAGUGAGGAAGAGAUCUCAUGGUUAUACGAUGAGUGGCUAAUGACGGUCGACAGGACUUACGAGGAACCUGGGGAGAGGCAAAGGAGGUUUGAGAUCUUCAAGGAUAACCUUCUCUUCAUUGACGAACACAAUCAUCCCAAGAACAACCACACCUACACCAUCGGUCUUAACGAGUUGGCUGAUCUCUCUUACGAAGAGUAUCAAGCCAAGUACCUCAUCCCUUCGAUAGGCGAGAACCCCCUCUUUUCCUCUGGGCGCGGUGACGAGCUUGCAACUGAAGAGCGCGGCGAUGGAAUCCUGGAACAAGUACCCGAUUUCAAAGACUGGCGGAUUGAUGGUUCGGUCAGCGCUGUCAUCAACCAAGGGUCCUGCGGUAAGUUUGUUCUUUUUUUUAAUCUCACUUGUAGCGCCGUCAACCUCUCCAGGGCUUCACGAGGACUGGCUUGUUGUCUGACGGCAUCAGCCACGCUAAAACACAAGGAAUCACAUGAAUCCACACAUUAAAUAUCAUCUACUUCAGACUUAAGCAUGUUAACUGUGAUAAAAGGGAGUUGCUGGGCUUGGCGGCUGCUGCUGCUGUGGAGGGACUUCAUCACAUUCGUACAGGACAAAUGAUAAGAGUUUCCGCGCAGCAGCUUGUUGACUGCGAUUCGCGUUCCCUCGGUUGUGUUGGAGGGUGGCAGAGUCGCGCCAUUUCCUAUAUUCAACAGAAUGGCGGCGUUGAUUCCGCGGAGAAUUACCCCUACACAGGGAAAAAGGGCGUGUGUAGAACGAACAGCGUAAUACAGCUAAAUACUUGCCUUUUCUUCUUUCCUACUUGUCCAACAUUUUUUUACAUCGGGGUGCUGCUUGUCUUCAAACGAUAACUCCUCUCUCUGUUAUCUCCUGGAAGGCUAAACUCGUUUCGGUGAAUGGGUGGAAGAAAGUCCCCGAGAUCUAUGGUGAAAUGAAACUAAAACAGGUAGUUGCUGCACAACCUGUCGCUGUUGCCACAGAUGCACUCAACAGAAUUUUUCAAUUGUACAAAGGGGUAAGAAAUACUGCAUAUUACGGAUUUGUCGAUGCAUUAUCAGUAUAUUUGACACAAUGAGAAAAUUAUUUUAGGAACUAUUCAUAAAACUGUUUAAACAAAUGUUGAAAUAAGGAACCGUUUAGAGGGAAGAUAAUUUAUACAUGCAUAGAAGUGUAUAAGAAUUUUGGACCUUUUGUCACCUAUAAGUGUAGCAUUGGACGCUUUGUCUUCUUGUACUAUUGAUCAAGUAAUAUUGUCUAAACGUAUUAGUAUCAUAGCCAGAAGAAAGGUUACUGUUGUUCUAAAUUUCAGUGGCAUGAAUGCAUGAGAAUAAUGUAAGUUUAUAUAUUUCUAUAGAAUGACGCCUAGGUAUCCUUACAUCUAAUCUUCUAUAGAUUGUAUUUAUUCAAUGAUUAAGAUUCAUUGGACAUACAUACAAAAUCAAUUACUACGAUUCAACAACACUUUGAUAUUGGAUUUUUUUCAUGGAAGGCUUGAACCAUUAGUGUAGAUAAAUUAAGUCUUGUACCUAUUUAAAUUUUUUAAGUUAAAUUGAUAGGCUUAAGAUUGCAUUGGAUCUUUCUAUCUCAUGCGAAUGAACGAAUUUUUUAAAUUUCAUUACAUAAGAAUUCAUUUUUUAAAAAAAUUACGUUUUAUGAGAAUAUUUAAUAGAUAAAAUGUAUUAAUUGGUAAUAGGUUCGUGUACAUUAUAGAUACAUUUUUUUAUUUUUUUAUAUUUAAUUCUUAAUGGUUUAUGUUUCUUACAUUGAUUAUUUUUAGUUCUUUUAGAUGGUGUUGACUAUAUUUAUAAGUUUCUUACAUUGAUUAUUUUUAUUUAUUUUAGAUGGUGUUGACUAUAUUUAUAAUUUAAACUUACAUAUAAGCAAAAAGUGAGAAAUUGUGUUUUCUUAUGCAGGGUGUAUUCAAUGACAAAUGUAACAUAACAACAAAUCACGUCAUGGCUGUUGUAGGAUAUGGUGUUGAGAAUGGGCAAGACUAUUGGCUAGUCAAAAAUUCUUGGGGCUUUAAUUGGGGAGAAAAUGGAUAUGUGAAAAUGGCACGCAAUAUCAACCAAAUUUAUGGAUUGUGUGGAAUUGUGACAGCGGCCAUUUAUCCUUGGUAA